AUGCCCAGUGCAGGGCUUCCGACGAAUUUUUCAGAUGCUGGUGCUGCCAGUGCCAGUUCGGACGCCAGCGCCGACUGUUGCAACAAGGAGUCCUCAUCCAGCGGCCGAUCAGCUACCUCCAUUCAGGCCACUCGUAUGAGCGCCAGCAGGAGCUUUGCGGCAGCAUCGCCGUCAUCGCGCCGGCUCCAGUCGCUCCGGAAGCCUUGUGACCCUGAGAGGAGCUGGCAGCGCGAAGACCAUGAAGACCGUGAAGAGUCAGCGACAUGGGGGCAGGACAGCACAAGGCUCCGCAACGACGACCCGAUCUGUUCCAAGGCUUCUCGCACGGCACGGCUUCGGGGCAUGGAGGCAUGUGCCCCGCUGCCUACUUUACCAGAGGAUUUCUGCGGACGAUGGGCUGACGUUUGGAGCGCCCUGCAGAUUCUCAAGAACAGGCGGUGUCUGGUACUAUGUUCAAGAGGCGACCAAGGCGUUGGAAGAUCAGCCGUUUUGGAUGCCGUGCACAUCUGCGCAACUCUGCAGGGCGGUGCCGUUUGCCUUGCGGCGGGGCUGGUGGAGGCUGGAGCCACGGGGUGGAUGAGGACUGUCCAGGCAGUGGUCCUGAGAGCAACGGAGAAGCUCAAUAGGUGGCUUCGUGCUCGCUCCUCUUCGAGGAAGUUGCGCGUGAUCUGCUCGCAGAGCUUGUCAGGAUCUGUGAAGAAGCGAGAAUCAGAUGAGAAGCAGGUGGAACCUUGGCAUGGCCUCGUGGCCAGCCUGAAAAAGUUUUGGGCGCUGACGCGCCCACUGCGACGCCUUUGCCCUGCAAGGUUUGGCGCUUUAAGUGGGCGCAUGGUGCUGCUGCUGGACGAUGCUGAUGGUCCCGCGCAGGGAUCCGACUUCUUGAAUGCUCUUGAUGGCUUGCUGCAGAGCUGCCCGUUUGUUCACAUUGUGCUAAGCACGAUGCAUCGCCUGCCCAUCACCGCUGACAUCCGAGUGAAAGUGGUGCAGCAAGACCUGUUGGGCCUGCAGCCGUUUGAGGCCGCCCGCCUCCUUCUAAGGAGAGCUCCCCGACCUUUGCUUUGGCAUGAAAUCGAUCCCUUUAAAGCUGAGUCAGGAGGACGUGGGGCCCACGUCGUGGUCUGCGAUGAAAAUCGCACGGAGGUCCUGUCCCUGUUGGCUGCCCACCCUUGUGUGGCUUCCUUGCGCGGCAACCCGCGGGGCCUCCUGAAACUUGCCGAGUCCCUUGCGCCGCGGGCACCACCGCGGGCACAACAGCGGGCGCCGCCAGCGCCGGAGGCAGCAUGUGUCGCCGAGUGCGGUGCCGUGGCAAAUGGAACCGUGCGGAUGCAGAAUGCGACGAAAGCCCAUGUGCUCCUGCAGCAAGUGGUAUACGCCGGCGUCGACGUCACGACUCGGCUCCUCCAUCAGGUUUUCGGUAAACAGAUCGUGCGAGGAGUCGCAAGAUCCUCCCCAGCCUCAAGAUGCGGAGGGCAGCUUCCAGGUGGUGCAAGGGGUGUGGCAUUUCAAGGAGCUGCUUCCGAGACGCAACCGCGGUUCACCAUCAGCGAGUCGAACUGCAGCCAGCUGCCGCCCGUGCUCCCAGAAGACGAGGUGGAGGAGCGGACAGGUGCUGUUCAGUGA